AUGACCCUCGAGCGCAAGGACUCAGGCAUCGCUCUCUGGACCCCAGGGCGUAUCCCCAAAUUCAAACCUUCCCACCGACCUCUCGCGCCACAUUGGUACCACCAGACCCUCCUCGACCAAGACGCAGACCUGCUCCCCAAACCCGAUUCCACCGACCCUCUCGCCUUCCUACCCUCUCGGACGAAGGAAUACCCAAAGUUCCCCAAAUUCGACUACUUUGUCCUGCGCGACCGUCUUAUCUGCACCCAGAUAGCCGGAAGGUUACUAGACGUAUCAAAGUACUUCGCAGAAGUCGCCCAGGGGAACAUGGGGAUUUACAUCGAUGCCCGAAGAUUGGCAUUAUACUUAGACAUCCACUUCGGCCUCACAAUCUUUGUGUCGAGGCAAUUCGGCACCGUGAACUUCCAGAAAGUCAUCAGGCCUUGUCUUGUCUCCGCACCCACUCCGGCAAGAGUACCAGUACAUGAUUCACAGACUAUCACAUCCGAAUUCCAGGCUUGGCGGCAUGCGGAAUGUGCAAUUCACUAUUGUAGAGAGCUGCACCUGGAUGUGCUGGGCGCGGAAGUCAGGGGCGCACUCUUGUGGUCGAGGCGGCUGCUCAUGGAGGCGGAACUGCAGAGGCGAAGUUUUGUGCCGCGGACGAUGGAGGAGGAGCGUGAAGCUCGUAGGAUUGUGGAGAGGUUGGGUCUGGAGAAUACGGCUCUUAGGCCUAGGGAGAAGUUGUGGGAGUCGCGGAUGCUUAGGCAGGGGUAG